UUGUGAGAUUCAAGAUGUCUGCGCCCAUGGUGAAAACUUUCGGAUGACUUUACUGUCAAAAAUACUCUAUGCCUCAUAACUGUAAGAAUUGCCUUUUUCAUUCCGAUGUCCACAGAGAAUGCAAGGUACACCGACGAUGAAGACACAGUGCUGUGGAUGCCUACACUGAUGUAGCUGUAAGUCUGCACUAUGGGCAACUACAAGUCAAGGCCAACCAUAUCCUGCUCAGAUGAGCUCAAGAAGAAGAUCAGUGAGAGCUAUGCCCUGUUCAGGUCCAAGGCCAUCGAAGACCUGCGGCCAAAGGAGACAGAGUGGUCAGAAAUUCAGGUUGCAUGCAGUCAUGGUGACACCCUUCGGGUCAAGGAGUUACUCUCGGAUGAGGCUGUGCAUGACAAGACAGACACCGGCCUCACUCUCCUCCACAUCUGCUGUCUCUCCGGAGCUGGUCGGGAUCUCAUCAAACUGCUGCUAGACAGAGGAAGUGAUAUCAACAAACUGUCCAAGAACCAGUUCUCUCCCUUGCAUCUUGCCAGUUACAAGGGAGAUGUCGACUUGGUGGAGUGUUUGGCUGAAGCAGGGACGGACGUUAAUCAGUUCGGCAACAGUGAUGUCACAGCGCUCCAUAUCGCUGCCAUGUGCGGGCAUCAUGAGAUAGCACGACUCCUGUUUGAGCAUGGUGCCACGGUCGAUGUUGAAGAUGCUGUGAGAUUCUCCCCCCUCCAUGUAGCUUCAUACUUCGGCCAUGAAAAGAUGGUGGAGUUGUUGAUAUCACAGGGUGCGGACAUCAAUGUGAGUGGCGGUGUUGGCGAUCGACCUCUACAUCUGGCAUGUGCCAAGGGUUAUCUGAAGAUCACCCAGCUACUGGUGGAGGGAACAUCUCAGCAGAAGGCAGAUGUGAACAUGAAGGAUGAUGAAGAACAUCGCCCGGUUCACUUCUGCUGCAAGAGCGGCCAUCUUAUUAUUCUGCAUUAUCUCCUGGACCACAAAGCUGACCCCCACGCCACCAACAUCUACGGUGACACUCCACUGCAUCUAGCAUGCUACAAUGCCAAGGUAGAGGUUGCUAAGCAACUGAUCAACCUGACUGAUUCAGAAAGUCUUCUGACAGAGAACAUCUUCAGUGAGACACCAUUGCACAGUGCCUGUACAAAUGGCCGGAAUCUGGAGCUGGUCAAGUUCCUUCUGGAGCAGCCUGUCGUCAACAUCAACUACCAGGGCAACGACGGACACACAGCGCUGCACAGUGCUUCCUUCCACGGCCACAUCCGUGUUGUGCAGUUCCUGUUGGAGAGUGGGGCAGAUAUGAACCUCAUAGCAGCUGUCAGUGACCAAAAUGGCGGCAGUGAGAAGAAGGAAGAGCAGACGGCUCUCAUGUGGGCCUAUGAGAAAGGUCAUGACCAGAUAGUGACGCUGAUCAAACAUCACAUGCGACCACAGGAUGAGUCAGCCUGUGGGGACUACUCACAGCCUGGGGACGGGUCCUAUGUGUCUGUCCCCUCCCCCCUUGGGAAACUCCGCAGCAUGACGAGAGAGAAGAUUGAUGUACUACAGCUGCGUGCCACCCUCCCGUCCCGGUUCCAUCUGCAGAUCACAGACAUCGAGUUCCAGGAAACCAUUGGAAGCGGUUCCUUCGGGAAGGUCUACAAAGGAAAGUGCAAGGGAAAGACAGUAGCCAUUAAAAGUCACAACAUCCUAUUGGAUGAGAAUGGACAUGCCUUGGUCGCGGACUUCGGAGAGUCAAGGUUCCUCCGAUCUACAGAAGAGGACAACAUGACAAAACAGCCAGGGAAUCUGCGUUGGAUGGCACCGGAAAUCUUCACCCAGUGUACAAAGUACAGCAUUAAAGCUGAUGUGUUCAGUUUCUCCCUGUGUCUGUGGGAGCUCCUGGCUGUGGAACUGCCCUUCGCCCAUCUCAAACCAGCUGCAGCAGCGGCGGAGAUGGCGUACCACAACACCCGUCCACCUAUCGCCAUCACCUUCCCCAAGCCCAUCCUGGCCAUCUUACAGAGAGGUUGGCAUGCCAAUGCUGAUGAGAGGCCGGAGUUCCGUGAAUUUCUACCAGUUCUGGAGGAGUGUAAACAGUCACAGGCUGUUGCCAUGCUCAGUAAUGCAGAUUCGGGGGCCACAGUGUCCUUCCCUUCUUCGUUACCAAUGGUAACGGACACCGACUCAGACCCGGAAGGUCGGUCGACUCCGCCACUGACGGGACAUGUGUCGGCCAUGAGGAGCCACUGGGAGCAGGAGGCUUCACGCAACAGUGUACCUCCAGGGGAAGAACAAAGAAAACGGCUUCCAUUUCCACAACUUGACAAAAAUGGUUACGUGUCGGACCCACUGAGCACGCUCCGAAUACCGAUCAAUCUAGCACGACAAUCUCCUCCUAUUGGCACAUGCAACAUGUCGGAGAGCCCUCCUUCAGAUCACUCAUGACAGCAUGUUACCAUGGUUACAUCACAGUCAGCUGACGAAGUCCAUAUGUGCCAUUGUCUUAGCCACACAUAUAGCAUCCUGGUUCUAGCGGUACAAACAUGUAUGGAUAAUUUUUUUUGAAGUUGUAAUUUUGUUAAUCUUAUUUCUAAUGUUAAGACUUAAGUUCUUGUUUGAAAUAUCUUAUUCAGGUGAUAAGAUUUUGGUUUCUUAAAUCAUGAUUCUAUACUCAUGAUAUCAGUGUUAACAGGGACACCGGAGACACAGUGCCAUAGCUGUCUAAGUGCUGCAGUUUGUUGUACAGAGUUGCAUCCCUUAGGCACACCAGGAACCUGUGAUCAUGGGUUCGAAUCUUUGUUGCUAAAUGUCUCAAUGUAAUUUUGGGAUGAUUCCAUGGACUUUCUAGUUUCUUAGAAGGAGGAAAGGAUAAUGAUCCCAACAGCAUUUUGAUUAGAUAAUUAGGAUUAUAUUAUAGUGUUCCUUGGCUUUACCAAAUACUCAAGGCAGUCAAGUAUGAAAAUCUUUAUGCAUCAAA